AUGUUUCCUGCCUACGCCGGAGAUGAGAAAAGUAAAUCGAAUUUCGGUGUCUCUUGGCUUCAGUGCCCCGACUUCAGGGGUACGGAUGGGAGUCCUGGAGCAAAGAGUGAAUCGAGUGACUCGGACGACGAGCUCGUUCAUGCUCUCGAGCGGCAGAGAUGCCGUAACACCGAUGGACGCGCUCAGAAGCGAGAUCGCUCUCCCGGCUCGGACUCGUCGCCUGCUGCUCGGCGGGAACAUGGGACGAAACACCACAAAAAACACAAAAAGAAAGAUAAGAAGCACAGGAAGGACAAGAAACACAAGAAACAGAGGAAGCGUUCGAGAUCUCGCAGCCCAGAUGCGUCGUACCUGAAACGUAAAUGGGCUUUCCUCGAAGACAUAGGUCCAACCAAAAUCACCUACAUCGUCGAUCCCAAGGGCGAUCAGAGCAACAAAGCCUUCGAGCAGUUGCCCCACACCUGCGCAGCUGUGUAUAAAGUACGGAGGGAAUUCCGGCCUCGAAAGAAGACGCGAAGAUACUUCAAAGCGAAAAUGUCUCCUCCGUCGAUGUCCAUAGCAGUCAAUGAGAAACUGAGAGCUUUGAAAACGACAUCUUAUAUAUCUCUUGGAAGCGCAUUGCUCGAUGAGGACAAUGACUCGGAACUACCAAGCUGGCCGAGUCUGAUAAAAGAGCACGCGGACCUAUCGAAUAGAUGUCGCAAGGAACCUGGGAACGUCGAGCUCUGGUUGAAACUAUGCGAAUUUGAGCGAGUUUUCGUGCCGUGCAGCCUAGCUGGAAGCAACAUAGAUGCACAAGCUCUCCGAAAAGCGAUCUUGGAGAAACAAUUGAGCGUGAUGGCGGAGGCCAUUUCCAAGAAUCCGGUAAUCCUCAAGCUCCGUCUCAAGAAAUUCGAUCUUCUGUGCGCGCUCGAUCGUCAGGAUGAAUUGAGUCGCGAAUGGGACGAUGUGCUGAGGAUGAGCGACUACUCGAUCGAGCGCCGAGACCUGAAGAAUGAAAUGUGGUUGAAAUACGCGCAGUAUGCCCGAAGCAAAUUUCGCGUGGUUGCAAAGUUCUCGCUCGAGGAUGCGACUGCGGGCUACAGGAGAGCGAUCGAAGCCUACCGGAGAACGAGGUCGGACGAUAUGUUCCUCGUGGAUCUCAUCGCGGAUUACGCCGAUUUUUUGGUCGAGUGCGGUCACACUGAGAAAGCGGUCUCGACCUUCCAGGCGAUGCUCGACUUCAAUCUCAGUCAGCCGGGCUAUUUGUCCACGGAGCGGAACGAGGACGCCCUGAAAAAAAUGUUUGAGCUUUUCUGGGAAAGUGGCAGUCCCAGAGUCGGGGAAAACGAUCAUGUAGGUUGGGCGCUGUCAAACGACAAUCCCCACCUCGAGCCGCCCGAGGAGAACAGGAAUUUCAAGGAUGAAGACGAAAUUACCUCGUCCGCUCAGCCACUGAACGUUAAGUGGGCGAUGCUCGAAUUACAUCGACAAAAAACUCAAUGGAGACCGGCGAAAAUCAACGCAGAAGAUGUCGAGCAGAUCGUUCUAUUCGACGACAUCGAGAUGUUCCUUUUCCGAACGAGGGAUAGACUCUGCAUCAGGAAGCUGCUAUCCGCAUUCAUGAGUCAUCUGAGUCGCGGCGACAGGAGCUACCUCGGACACGACGAGGGCAGCUCGAAAAUGCAUCAAUUGUUGAAGCUCCCUUUCGCAAAACUCGAGCUCCAAGGACUGAGCACCCUUCUGUACAACUGCUACCGAACGGGCAUGGAGUUCCUCCCGGAAUUCCCUUGGCCAGAAGAGCUCCUGGAUAGACUCCUCGACCUUGCACCCCACUCCGGGGAGAACCUGAUCGCUUUGGGAAAGAAAAUUCUCCAGGACGGAGAAAAUCAGUCGAAUAUCUUGAUCUGGACGAAGUUGCUCCUGCUGCUCGCUUGUUGCGGUCAGAGGGACGAAGCUAUAUCGAAGGGUGUCAAAUUGAUGCGCACGCUGUCGGCCAGUCUCAAGAGUUUUCGUGGCGAUCCUCUGAACUUCCUUGCGACAUUCAUUGAAAUCCACCUCGACAUUCAUCACCUCAUGACCUCGGAAAUCCACGAAAACGUCACCGAAAUUCCAGAUUUGAAGCCUUUGUUCAGCUUCUGGGGCGCCCUGGUCCAAGGCAGGAGAGCAACCCUUUCCGAAAUCGACGAGGGUAAUAUGGAAUUUCUACGAGCCCAUCUCAGGAAUCAGCGAACUGAAUUCUCGAUCGAAAUCGCGACCUUUUUCGAGCUCACGUCGCGGGGACCGCUCGAAGCUUACUCGUACCUCAGUAGUCAGGCGUCGCAUCUGAGCAAAGCCGCCUACCACCGUUUGAACAUCCUGUUGCACGUUUUGGUCAACAAACAUUUCUCCCCGUCGCUCACCAGCUUGAAAUCGACACUGCGAUUGGCUUGCACCGAACGACCCACCAAAGAGCAUCUCGCGCUUCUUGCGACCCUCGCCUACAAGAAUCCACUCGCGUGGAGAUCUUGUCCAAUACCUCAGGACGACGCCGAAAUCUCUUGGUUUUCCAUCCUGCUUUUCCAUCUCCUACGGAAUCAAGAAUACGAGGAUUGGCAAAAACGAGAGGAGGUCUCGUACUAUAGAGCGCCUCUUGGGAGUGUUCGACGGGCUAUGAGUCAACUGGGUGAGAUCCGCGAUCCUCUGUUCUGGCGACUGCAAGCAUGGGCGGAAAUGCAGGCUGGAGAACGCGACAAAGCUAAAGAACUUCUGCUGCGGGGGCUGCAGACUUGUCCUUGGUCGAAAGCCUUGUUCUUGGACUGCGCUUUGUACUUUGAAGACAUGCUCGAACAGAUCGUGGAUUCUCUCACGGAGAAAGGAUUGAGGCUGCGAACGCCAAUUGAAGAGAUUCAGCUUCUGACGGAGACAUCGACGACGGAGCCUGUGUCAAAUGAAUGA